UGGGAAGAAGUAAUCAAGUUCCAUUUGUGGUAUGAAUGAUUUGGGGUUCUUAGAUAUAUUUUUUAAUUUGGACAAAUGUUUUCCUGUACAGUAAUCAAUUGGUUUUUCUUGGUUAUAGAUUGGGUUUAUGGAUACUACAGGCAACAGAGAAAACUUGUUGAAGAGAUCGGCUGGUCCUAUACAGGAGCACUGAAUCAAAAGAAUUGGGGAAAGAAAUAUCCAGCCUGUAAUAGCCCCAAACAAUCUCCUAUCAAUAUUGAUGAAGAUCUUACACAAGUUAAUGUGAAUCUGAAGAAACUUAAAUUUCAGGGUUGGGAUAAACCAUCUCUGGAAAACACAUUUAUUCACAACACUGGGAAAACAGUGGAAAUUAAUCUCACUAAUGACUACCGUCUCAGUGGAGGAGUUUCUGAAAUGGCAUUCAAAGCAAGCAAGAUAACUUUUCACUGGGGAAAAUGCAAUAUGUCAUCUGAUGGGUCAGAACAUAGUUUAGAAGGACAAAAAUUUCCACUUGAGAUGCAAAUCUACUGCUUUGAUGCAGAUCGAUUUUCAAGUUUUGAGGAAGCAGUUAAAGGAAAAGGGAGGUUAAGAGCUUUAUCCAUUUUAUUUGAGAUUGGAAUAGAAGAAAAUUUGGAUUACAAAGCGAUUAUUGAUGGAGUCGAGAGUGUUAGUCGUUUUGGGAAACAGGCUGCAUUAGAUCCGUUCAUACUGCUGAAUCUUCUGCCAAACUCCACUGACAAGUAUUACACUUACAAUGGCUCACUGACAUCUCCUCCCUGCACCGACACCGUUGACUGGAUUGUUUUUAAAGAUACCGUUAGCAUCUCUGAAAGCCAGCUGGCUGUUUUUUGUGAAGUUCUUACAAUGCAACAGUCAGGUUAUGUCAUGCUGAUGGACUACUUACAAAAUAAUUUUCGGGAACAACAGUACAAGUUCUCCAGGCAGGUGUUUUCCUCAUAUACUGGAAAGGAAGAGAUUCAUGAAGCAGUUUGUAGUUCAGAACCAGAAAAUGUUCAAGCUGACCCAGAGAAUUACACCAGCCUUCUUGUUACAUGGGAGAGACCUCGAGUAGUUUACGAUACCAUGAUCGAGAAGUUUGCUGUCCUUUACCAGCAGUUGGAAGGAGAAGACCAAACCAAGCAUGAAUUUCUGACAGAUGGUUAUCAAGACUUGGGUGCUGUUCUUAAUAAUUUACUGCCCAAUAUGAGCUAUGUCCUUCAAAUAGUAGCUGUAUGCACUAAUGGCUUAUAUGGAAAAUACAGUGACCAGCUGAUUGUCGACAUGCCUUCUGAUGACCUUGAACUUGACCCCUUUCCUGAAUUAAUUGGAACUGAAGAAGUAAUCAAGGUGGAAGAAGAGGGAAAAGAGAUUGAAGAAGACAUCAUUGUGAAUCCUGGUAAAGACAGUGCCACAAACCAAAUAAGGAAAAAGGAACCACAGAUUCCCACCACAACAAACUACAAUCGCUUAGGGACUAAAUACAAUGAGGCCGAGACUAACCGAUCCCCAACAAGAGGAGGUGAAUACUCUGGAAAAGGUGAUGUUCCCAACACAUUUUUAAAUUCUACUUCCCAGACAGUAACUGAAUUAGUCCCAGAAAAAGAUAUUUCCUUGGCUUCACAGACUGUAACUCAGCAGCCACAUCAUGCUGUGAGAGGUACUUCAGCCUCUUUUAAUGACGGCUCUAAGACUGCUCUUAGGUUUCCACAGAUGAACUUGUCUGGGACUGUGGAAUCUUUAAAUACAGUUUCUAUUACAGAAUCACCAGAGGUAUCUACUGAUAUCAGUGAGGAAGAGAAUUUAUUGCCCAAUUUCAAACUCGAUAGGGGAGCUGAUGAUUCUUCAGGCUCCAGUCCUACGACUUCUGCUAUGCCAUUCAUCUCUGAGAACCCAGAGGCAAUCACAAAUGAUGUCCUUAUUCCAGAAACUAUGAGAAAUGCUUCAGAAGAUUCAGUCUCAUCAGGCUUGGAAGAAUCUUUAAAGGAUCCUUCCAUUGAUGGAAACAUGUGGUUUCCUAGCACUACAGAUGUGACAACAGAGCCCGAUGUGGGAUCGGGUACAGAGAGGUUUCUCCAGACUAAUUACUCUGAGAUACAUAUUGAUGAAUCUGAAAAGACAACUGAGUCCUUUUCUCUGGACCCACUGGGGUCACAAGUUCCCUCAGUCACUGAUAUGGAAAUGCCACUUUAUUCUACCUUGGCCUACUUCCCGACUGAGGUAACACCUCAUGCUUUUACUGCAUCCUCUGGACAGCAUGACUCGGUUCCCACUGUCAACGUGGUUCUCUUGAAGACAACUCAACCAGUACACAAUGGUGAGACACCUCCUCAACCUUCCUACAGUAGUGAAGUCUUUCCUCUAGUCACCCCUUUGUUGCUUGACAAUCAGAUCCUCAACACUACCCCUGCUGCUUCAAGUAGUGAUUCGGCCUUGCAUGCUACACCUGUAUUUCCCAGUGUUGAUGUGUCAUUUGACUCCAUCCUGUCUUCCUAUGAUGGUGCACCUUUGCUUCCAUUUUCCUCUGCUUUCUUCAGUAGUGAAUUGUCUCACCAUCUGUAUACAGCUUCUCAAAUCCUUCUGCAAGUUACUUCAGCUCUUGAGAGUGAUAAGGUGUCCCUGCAUGCGUCUCUGCCAGUGGCUGGGGGUGAUUUGUUAUUAGAGCCCAGCCUUGCUCAAUAUUCUGAUGUGGUGUCACAUCAAACUACUACUCAUGCUGCUUCACAGACAUUGGAAUUUGGUAGUGAAGCUGGUGUCCUUUAUAAAACGCUCAUGUUUUCUCAAGUGGAACCAGGCAGCGCUGAUGUCAUGAUGCAUGCACGUUCUUCAGGGCCUGAACUUUCUCAUGCCUUAUCCGAUAAUGAGGGCUCCCAACACAUCUCCACUGUUUCUCACAGUUCUGCAAUACCUGUGCAUGAUUCUGUUGAUGUAUCUCAUCAAGGUUCCCUAUUUAGCAGCCCUAGCCAUGUACUGAUGCCUAAGUCUUCAUUAAUAGCCCCAACUGCAGCAUUGCUGCAGCCUACUCAUGCCGUCUCUGACGAUGUGGAGUGGUCUGGAGCCUCCUCUGGUAGUGAAUUUCUUUUACCUGACACACAUGGUCUGACAGCCCUUAACGUUUCUUCACCUGUUUCUGUAGCUGAAUUUACAUAUACAACAUCUGUGUUUGGUGAUGAUAAUAAGCUGCUUCCUAAAAGUGACAUAAUAUAUGGAAAUGAGACUGAACUGCCAAUUUCUUCUUUCAGUGAGAUGGUUUACCAUUCUCAAAGCACAGUCAUACCCGACCUGUAUGAAAAUGUAGAUAAUUUGAAUGCGUCUUUACAAGAAACCCCUACUUUCAUUUCUAGCACAAAGGGCGUACUCCCAGAGUCCGUAGCUUAUACCACCACUGAGGUUUUUGAUCAUGAAAUUAGUCAAGCUCCAGAAAAUGAUUUUGCCGUUCAGUCUACACAUACUGCAUCUCAAGCCUUUGGUGACACUUUGCUUAAGCCUGUGCUUAGUGCAACCUCAGAGCCAGCACUCUCUGAUCCUGCUUCUAGCGAAAUAUUAUCUCCUUCAACUCAGCUCUUAUUUUAUGAGGCCUCUUUCAAUACUGAAACCUUGCUACAAGCUCCCUUUCAGGCUUCUGAUGUUGACAACUUGCUUAAAACUGCUCUUCCAGCUGUGCCUAGUGAUCCAAUAUUGGCUGAAACCCCCAAGGUUGACAAAAUUAGUUCUACAAUAUUACAUCUCAUGGCAUCAAAUUCUGCUUUGAGUAAAAACAUGCUGCAGUCCACAUCUGCGCCAGUUUUUGAUGUAUCGCCUACUUCUCGUAAGCAAUCUGCUUCACUUCAAGGUGUAGCCAUUUCUUACGCAAGUAAGGAAUAUUUUGAACCAGUUUUGCUUAAAAGUGAAAGUCCCCAGCAAGCGGUACCUCCAUUGUACAGUAAUGAUGAGUUGUUCCAAACUGCCAAUUUGCAGAUCAGCCAUGCCUUUCCCCCACAAGUAAGGCAUGCGUUUGCUACUCCUGUUUUAUCAAUCGAUGUAUUGCCAAAUACACCUGUAAAUAAGCUGAUAUAUUCUGAUGACAUUUUCACCUCCACCCAAGGUUCUGUUUCUGAUGAGGUAUUUGCUGGUAUUCCAGCAGUUGUUUCUGAUACGCUUGUAUCCGCUGAUCAUUCUGUUCCUUUAGGAAAGGUGUAUGUUUCCAAUACAGCUGUUUCUCCAAACAGAGAUGGUUCUUUAACCACAACUAAAUUGCUGUUUCCUUCUAAAACAACUUCUUCUGAACUGACUCACAGUGCCAGUUCCGGUGCUGAUUUGGCAGGUGGAGGUGACGAUGGUGAUAUGGAUGAUUAUGAUGAUGAUGAUGAUGAUGACAGAGAUAGUGAUGGCUUAACCAUAAAUAAGUGUAUGUCAUGCUCAUCCUAUAGAGAAUCCCAGGAAAAGGUCAUGAAUAAUUCAGACACCCAGGACAACAGUCUUGUGGAUCAGGAUAACCUAAUCUCACAUUCACUAUCUAAGAAUUCUGAAGAAGAGCAUAAAGUCACAGGUGUAACCUCAGACAGUCAGACUGGUAUGGACAGAAGUCCUGACAAAAUACCACCAACAAAUGUGCUGCCCUCAAAGCACAAUGAUGCAAAGGAGGAGAACGACAUUCAGACUGAUAGUGCCCUGCUUCCUUUCACCCCAGAAUCCAAAUCGUGGGCAGUUCUUACAAGUGAUGAAGAGAGUGGAUCAGGGCAAAGUACUUCAGAUAGCCUUAAUGAUAAUGAGACUUCUACAGAUUUCAGUUUUCCAGAUGUUAAUGAAAGAGAUGCUGAUGGGGUCCUGGAAGCAGGUGACUCAGAAAUAACUCCUGGAUCCCCACAGUCCUCAACACCGUCUGUUACUAGUGGGCACGCAGAAAUGGCCAACGUUUCAGAGGCAGAGGCCAGUAAUAGUAGCCAUGAGUCUCGUAUUGGUCUAGCUGAGGGUUUGGAAUCCGAGAAGAAGACAGUUAUACCCCUUGUGAUCGUGUCAGCCCUGACUUUUAUCUGUCUAGUGGUUCUUGUGGGUAUUCUCAUCUACUGGAGGAAAUGCUUCCAGACUGCACACUUUUAUUUAGAGGACAGUACGUCUCCUCGAGUCAUAUCCACACCCCCAACACCUAUCUUUCCAAUUUCAGAUGAUGUUGGAGCAAUUCCAAUAAAGCACUUUCCAAAGCAUGUUGCUGACUUACAUGCAAGUAGUGGGUUUACUGAAGAAUUUGAGACACUGAAAGAGUUUUACCAGGAAGUGCAGAGCUGUACUGUUGACUUAGGUAUUACAGCAGACAGCUCCAACCACCCAGACAACAAGCACAAGAACCGAUACAUUAAUAUCAUUGCCUAUGAUCAUAGCAGAGUUAAACUUGCACAACUUGCUGAAAAAGAUGGCAAACUGACUGAUUACAUCAACGCCAAUUAUGUCGAUGGGUACAACCGACCAAAAGCUUACAUUGCUGCCCAAGGCCCACUGAAAUCCACAGCUGAAGAUUUCUGGAGAAUGGUAUGGGAGCAUAAUGUGGAAGUUAUCGUCAUGAUCACGAACCUCGUGGAGAAAGGAAGGAGAAAAUGUGACCAGUACUGGCCUACUGAUGGUAGUGAGGAGUACGGAAACUUUCUGGUCACUCAGAAGAGUGUUCAAGUGCUUGCCUAUUAUACUGUGAGGAACUUUACUCUAAGAAACACAAAGAUAAAAAAGGGCUCACAGAAAGGAAGGCCCAGUGGGCGGGUGGUCAUGCAGUAUCACUACACUCAGUGGCCUGACAUGGGGGUGCCAGAGUACUCCCUGCCAGUGCUGACCUUCGUGCGGAAGGCGUCCCAUGCCAAGCGCCACGCAGUGGGGCCUGUCGUUGUGCACUGCAGUGCUGGAGUUGGAAGAACAGGCACGUAUAUUGUGCUUGACAGCAUGUUGCAACAAAUUCAUCACGAGGGAACUGUCAACAUAUUUGGCUUCUUAAAACACAUUCGUUCACAAAGAAAUUACUUGGUGCAAACUGAGGAACAAUAUGUCUUCAUUCAUGAUGCACUGGUUGAGGCCGUACUUAGUAAAGAAACUGAGGUUCCAGAUAGCCAUAUCCAUGCCUAUGUCAAUGCUCUCCUCAUUCCUGGACCAACAGGCAAAACAAAGCUAGAGAAGCAAUUCAAGCUCCUGAGCCAGUCAAACAUACAGCAGAGUGACUAUUCCACAGCACUAAAGCAAUGCAACAGGGAGAAGAACAGAACGUCUUCCAUCAUCCCCGUGGAAAGAUCGAGGGUUGGCAUCUCAUCCCUGAGCGGGGAAGGCACAGACUACAUCAAUGCCUCCUAUAUCAUGGGUUAUUAUCAGAGCAAUGAGUUCAUCAUCACCCAGCAUCCUCUGCUCCAUACCAUCAAAGAUUUCUGGAGGAUGAUCUGGGACCAUAACGCCCAGCUGGUGGUUAUGCUUCCUGAUGGUCAAAACAUGGCAGAAGAUGAAUUUGUUUAUUGGCCAAAUAAAGAUGAGCCUAUAAAUUGUGAGAGCUUUAAGGUCACUCUGAUGGCUGAAGAACAUAAAUGUCUCUCCAAUGAGGAAAAACUUAUAAUUCAAGAUUUUAUCUUGGAAGCUACACAGGAUGAUUAUGUACUUGAAGUGAGGCAUUUUCAGUGUCCCAAAUGGCCAAAUCCUGAUAGUCCCAUUAGUAAAACUUUUGAACUCAUAAGUAUUAUCAAGGAAGAAGCCGCCAACAGGGACGGGCCCAUGAUUGUUCACGACGAGCAUGGAGGAGUGACGGCAGGAACUUUCUCUGCUCUGACAACCCUUAUGCACCAACUGGAAAAAGAAAAUUCCGUGGAUGUUUACCAGGUAGCCAAGAUGAUCAAUUUGAUGAGGCCAGGAGUCUUUGCUGACAUUGAGCAGUAUCAGUUUCUCUACAAAGCCAUCCUCAGCCUUGUGAGCACAAGGCAGGAAGAGAAUCCAUCCACCUCUCUGGACAGUAAUGGCACGGCGUUGCAGGAUGGAAAUAUUGCCGAGAGCUUAGAGUCUUUAGUUUAA